AUGAAAAGAGCAAAAGAGAUUACCCUUAGUUUGGGGCAGAAUACAUGGGCUGAUUUGAGCUUUCAGUUCACUGUGACGAAACGUGGAAGGCCCAGCAGGUUGUUUCUCUUCUUGUUAAUUUUGGAAGCGAAAAGAAAUCAGUUAAGUUUGCCAGAGAAACAUGGGCUGGUUUGCUUUUCUGUUUGUUGGAGCCCUGAUGUCGAAAGAAACGAACAAAGUAAAUGGAAGACAGAGGAUUUGUUCGUUGGCAGCGGUGGAGCUCCUCUUGUGAUGAGGUUACCUUUGAAUGCUGUAGGGAGUGACGGUGAAUAUAUGGCAGGUCAGCUUUCAGCAUUUGGCUAUGCAAUAUAUGACAAUCCUGAGGAGGGAGACCUUUGGCUAAUUAGUACAUAAGGCUUCUACACUUGAAUUAAUUUAGUUUUCUUUUAUCAUUAUUUGAGAUUGCUAUCACCCUUAUUCUCCUUAAUAUUCUUUUAGUACUAGUGCUAAGUGCAUAUAUUGUCAUGCUUGUAACAAUUAUGAAAUCAUCAAAAUAUUAGGUUCUCAUGACCUCAAUAUAUAUUAAAAAUUCAUUAGUAAUUUUAUCCAACUUUCAAAUAUCACAAAUGUUUCAUGCAUAUGAAGAAUUCAAUCAAUACAUCUAAAAUAAUAAACAUAUCUUUCAUAAGUAUAUCCUAUCCAAACAAGAAUCAUAAGCUCAUACAUAUGCAAUAAAGCAUAAAUACUAAUGAGUAAUAAGGUUCAAAUCAUCAUCAUGUCAUAACAAAGAAUUAUGCAAGUAUGUUUCCUAACAUGAUGAACACAUAUACUAUAGCAAAGAAAUAAUAAAAGCAUAAUUAUUCAAAUAUAUUUCAAUGCAUAGCAAUGUACUUAAUCCAACAUA